AUGCCCCAGGAGGCGCGAGCAGAAAGCAGACGACCUGCGGCGAGAAAGAACGAAGCCGCUGUAGUGCCUUCAGAGGAUCACGCUGAGGUUAAGCGUGUGACUGAUUGCCAAUGUUGUCACCACCUUAGGAGAAGUCUCAAGAACUGGUUUAGAUUCUUAUCAUGUGAUGACUUAACACCGACCUUUUGUUCAGUUGCACUCGCGAUGCACGGUAGUAAUCACACUACUGAAUGUUUAAACGUCAAGAGGUUAGUAACAAAUAGCAAUAUGCCGAUCUGCCAGGACAAUACCACCCCCACAGCCACAGGGGAGUCAUCACAUGACACUGCCGUGGACAAGCAAUUAAUAAAGAUUUCUCCAGAUCUCCCAAUCUCUGUGACAGCUCCUAAACCAGAUACCUCGGUCAGACCUAAGAAGCAACGCCAAAAACAGCCAGCACAAGAUCCCCCCAGGGAGACGAUGAAGGAUGGGACCGCCUCAUGGACGGCACUAGUCACGAAAUUUUCAUCAGUUACGUUUGUACCGCGGGAGCGUAAAGAUCGACACAGGGAACUCCUCAGUGACACAUACAGUUAUACCAAACGCUUAAACAAAAUGGAUCGUUUUGUUAUAAAACGCGUCUCUGUUCAGUCGUCAAGUACGUGUGCACCUGAUAAAAACACACAGGCCAACGAGCCUGGCUCGAUCAUAAGAGAGGCCACAUCUACAUCAGCUUCUGAGCCGCCUCCAAAGAAGAAAGUCAAGUCAUGGACAAGGCAGUACAGUGACGAGUUUCUGAAUGAAGUUCUCGCAAAUGAGAGUAAGCCAUCAAAACUAAAGAGACAUCUCGAAACCAAGCAUCCUAGUCUGGAUACAAAACCAGUUGACUAUUUCCAGAGAAGAAAGGAACAAAUGAAGAUGUCAGUGAAAGUUCUAAAUACAGCAAGCACUCUUAAUGACAAAGCACAAUUAGCAUCAUAUUUAGUUUCAUAUCGCAUUGCAAAAGAGAAAGUACCAUACACAUGUGGUGAGAAACUUAUUCUCCCAUCUUGCGUGGAUAUAGUGAGCACGAUGCUCGAUGGAAAGUCGGCAGACAAGAUCAAAUGUGUCCCAAUCAGUGAUACAACAGUGUCACGGCGGAUAAGUGAUAUCGCAGAAAAUUUGGAACUUCAGCUGGUGUCACACCUACAGACUGCUGGAGAAUUUGCUAUUCAGCUGGACGAAAGUACUGAUAUAUCUAACUGUGCAGUUCUCCUGGUGUACGUCAGAUACGUACAUGAAGAUGACUUUUUGGAAGAUAUGCUUUGCUGCUUAACCUUACCUACUCAUUCAUCAGGAUCUGAGAUAUACAGAGUGCUGAAUGACUGCAUAGUUGGAAAAUAUAAGCUGAAAUGGGCCAAUUGCAAAGGAAUUACAACCGAUGGAGCAGCAAAUAUGACUGGGAAAAAGAGCGGUGUUGUGACAAAAAUAUCAGAAGCAGCCGGUAAUGAUGUAACUUGGAGACAUUGUUUCAUCCACCGUGAAGCGCUGGCUGCCAAAGGUAUCCCAGACAAUCUCAGAGGUGUUUUGAAUGACGUUGUGAAAGUUAUCAACACAAUCAAAGGAAGUGCACUUAACAGUCGGUUGUUUGAACUCUUGUGCCUGGAGAUGGGAGCUGAUCAUUCACACCUUUUGUACCAUACGGAAGUUCGAUGGCUCUCCCGCGGGAGAUUUCUAACAAGGGAUUAUGAGCUAAGAAUGGAAAUUCAUAUUUUUCUUCUCGAGAAAAAAUCCAGUAUGGCAAGCUUGUUUUGCAAUGAUGAGUGGAUUCUAAAACUUUCAUAUUUAUCAGACAUUUUCUCAAAGCAUAUUGAAGAACAUAAUAACACCAGUGAAGAAACCAUGAAGAAAUUGAAAUGUGAUAUACAGCUGCACCUCCAUUCUUUGUCAAGCAGCUUUGAACAGUAUUUUCCUGAAGAAAACCUUAAGAAUAUAAGAGACAACCAUUGGGUGAAGGACCCUUUUGCAUUUGAAAAACCAGAAGCUGUUAUAGGGCUAAACCUUACACCUGAUGAAGAAAAUGAACUUCUUCAUCUGACAAGUGAUACAUCAUUAAGAAUCAUGAUGCGGUCAUCACCUCUGUUAUCAUUCUGGAUAAGUGUUUCCAAGGAAUAUCCACAUCUAAGUAAGAAAGGUAUUUUACUUUUGAUCCCAUUUACAACUACAUACUUGUGUGAAGCUGGGUUCUCAACCUUGACAAAACUAAAAAGCAAAGAAAGAAAUCGACUCAAUCCUACAGCCGACAUGCGUGUGGCGUUAUCCUCCUGCAAGCCAGACUGGAAUAAGAUAACGAAAGACAAGCAGGCACACCAGUCACACUGA